CCUAGUCAGCACGAGGCGGUGUCUCUGGGUGCUUAGUGGACUCCUGUGGAAUCAGAUGGGAAACAAAAGCAGAAGUGGCAGCUGCUGCAAAUGUGGGAGCCUGUGCCAUUAGAGGGACGCGAUUGCUAAUAAGGGCCUGCGAGACCUGGGUUUCCUUGGUUUCCACGACAGUUAUUAGAGCUGAGCUUGGCAAAGCAAGGAUAUGAACAAUUAUACAGGUGGGCUACUCAGGGGGAGUGAAGAUAUAAGGCAUCCAAACAGGUAUUGGCAACCUGCAGCACUGUAAAAAUGCCCCUCCAACAGAUUUCUGUAGUUCCAGCACGGGAGACUGCCAGCAAUGGGAGAAGUUCCGUGGGCAGAAACAAAGAGAAGAGCAAGGAAGUCGAGAAUGAUAAAUCCCCAGGGCGUUCCACAAGUCGAUCAAGUAACAUUUCAAAGGCAAGCAGUCCUACAACAGGAACAGCUCCCAGGAGUCAGUCACGGUUGUCUGUCUGCCCUUCCACUCAGGACAUUUGUAGAUCUACUACUUUGCAUGACUUGUCAGAAGAUGAGCUUGAACAUGCAACCCCUGUCAUGGUGCUGACCCCUUCUAAUAGGGAGUCUGGUAAGAAACAAGUAAAACGAAGGUUUAGGCGGAAAAGAGAGACUGGAGACAAUGGUGAGCAUACAGAAAAGCAAGGAAAGGGGAAAGAAUGCAAAUUGCAUCCUGAGCCUGCGAGAUCCAGCUGGAAGGCAUCUGAUUCAUCAUCAUCUUCGGAUGAGAGUCAGUGGGCUCAGGCUAGGAGGAGAGCAAGAGAAAAGGCCAGAAUGGCCAGGAGAGGGAGAAGGAACAGUAGAUCGUGCAGUAACCAGGACUGGUUCUCAAAGAAUAAUGCUGUCGAACUUGUCACCUUGGGGACAAUGGGGAAAAAGAAGCAAGAGGUAUCUGACCCUGAGAAUCCUACUUUAAAUCACCGCCGAAGAAGGGUUCCAAAGCUUAAGGAGUCACAGUCUUCAGUGUCAUCUCAGGAAGCAAGGAUUUCCUCAAGAAAGUGUGGGAAAAGCAAAGGGAAAAGCUACUACAGAGAUCGGCAGCCUGCGUCUUUCCUUAGGCACGGCAGAGGUUCCAAGGAGCACUUUGCAGACGCAGGCUCUGGCAGUGAUGCUCUGGCAGUCCCAGAUAACAGAGCACCCGCUGGGGCAGGGUCCGGUGUGACUGAUGCUGUUCAGAAGCCUCCAGUGUUGUGUGAUGACUGGUCUGAUGAUUUAGAAGUGUGCAGGAUCUGUCACUGUGAGGGAGAUGAUGAAAGUCCCCUUAUCACACCGUGUCGCUGCACAGGGACCCUGCGCUUUGUCCAUCAGGCCUGCCUGCACCAGUGGAUUAAGAGCUCGGACACGCGCUGCUGCGAACUCUGCAAGUAUGACUUCAUAAUGGAGACCAAGCUCAAACCCCUUCGGAAGUGGGAGAAACUACAGAUGACAACAAGCGAGAGGAGGAAAAUAGUUUGUUCAGUCACAUUCCACAUAAUUGCAAUUACCUGUGUUGUUUGGUCAUUGUAUGUUUUAAUUGAUAGAACCGCUGAGGAAAUUAAACAAGGUAAUGAUAACGGUGUCCUUGAAUGGCCAUUUUGGACAAAACUUGUUGUGGUGGCCAUUGGAUUCACAGGGGGCCUGGUCUUCAUGUAUGUGCAGUGUAAGGUUUAUGUUCAGCUGUGGCGCAGGUUGAAAGCCUACAACAGAGUGAUCUUUGUUCAGAACUGCCCAGACACCGCCAAAAAACUAGAAGAGAAGAACUCUUCCUGCACUCAGACCUCAGACGUCAAGGAUGCAGUGGUGGUGCGAGUAGCACAGACAGGUACAAACUCUCAGCCGGCAGCUGAAGAAACAUCUGAGGUUAUGCCCGUUUGACAGACAGCGUUGUUUCUUCCUUGCAGAAUAAGGCGUAGUGUUUUCUACACUACAAAUGCUAAAAGAGAGCAGAAAUGACUGUGCAAUUUUUCAGUUAAGAUAACAAACAAAAAAACCACACAAAAACCAACACUCUACAAGGAAAAUGGAUGCAGCAAAGCAACUUGUUACUGUAUGGAAUGUGACGUUUGUGAAGUAGCUUCUCAACUAGUCAGCAAGUGUAGUGAAAGUGGAAGUGUAGAAAGUGCAAUAGAGAACAGGUUUAACAGACAAUGCCAAACCAAUGUGAUUACUUUUUUUUUAAUUGGAUGGCUGGGAAAAUAGAAACAGACCUGAUAUAAUCAUUUUGUUUACAGCAAACAAAACCUUUCAUCUGUUUACUACUAAAACUUUUACUUGCUAUUUAUCUUCUUAAAGAUACUCUUCGAAAAGGUACCAGUUAUAUGCAUUAAACUGAAUCAAGUUAACAAGAGCUGUAUCGCAGCACUCACUCUCUAAGCCUCGUGCAGUAACACAUGUUCAUGUGACUGCAGUGGAGCCUGAAUGUUUGGGCAGCUGUGGCAACUAAGGAUAUUUGAAACAUUUAAAGGGUAGCAUUGUUUUUAAGUAUGCCUGAAUUUUUUAAAAGUAAGCAAUUUCAACCAGUAUAAACUCAUGUCUCCAUAAGCUACAGGUAUGUUUUUUAAGCAUAGCUGUCAGCAAAGUACAGGAAGGAAAGAACCUUUAGGUACGUAUUUAGAAGAGCAGCUCAGCUGUUUAUUUUACUUUGUAAGAGUGAAUUAGAAAUUGGAUACACAAAGUUUUGAGGCAGGACUGUAAGUGAAAAAAUGCAGUUUGCUGCAGAAUCAUACAAAAGCAAGCUGCGUAUUAUCAAAAGUCUGAAAAAGGAUGGCAUAUAGGGAAGAUGGAAGCCAUUUUGGGUUUAAUAAGAUUCAUGAUGCAGAAAGGUAGACCUAAGAGAAUAUACCUACAUAUCUUAGAAGACAAUUAGUUUUUAUCUCCUUGUUCUGAAAAGUUAGGUUUUGUCUUCCUGACUGAAAACAUAAAACAAUGGUUUCCCUCUGUACAGGUAAACUUGAGGUGUUAGAGAUUCAACAGUUCAGUUGUUAACUUCGUGUUUUGAGCAUUCUCAUAUAAAAAUGAAGUGUGAAUAGCAUUAAAGGGUGCAACAGAUAAAUGAAUGUGGAUAUAACACUGUGUCCAGCAGGGUGAAUUUUAUAUAGAAACCAAUUUUGUGAUUCACUUCUCAUACUUGUGAUGUUCACCAUCAGGACACAACAGCGAGUGUUGACCUGGAGUACUUACAUACUGGCCUGGACAAGUCUGCGGCCUGAACGUAAUGUAUAUUUUUAAAAUAAGUUGAAAGUUGCUUUUUCAUCCUGUAUUUAGGUAAAGGAGGAAGCGUAAAUAAGCAAAUAACCAGAGUAAAGAGGAUAGCAGAGCACAGGUUCAUUCAAAGGGGAAAUUCUGCCACAUUUACAAGUGAACUAGACCUUCUACAGAAGCCUUACAGUUUCUAAUGGUAAUUUUUCCUCUUUACACGCUCCAAUAUCUACAAUUAAAUAACAGAGUUAUCCCAUUCUUGCAAAUAUCCAGGGUGCUGCGCCUAAGAUGUAUUGGAGGUUAUAUAUUAGACAUUCCUUCAUUAAUGUGUUUACUGGCUUAAGGCUCAGGGAAUACUGGAAGUAGUAGUUUCGGCAAGAAAUGUGUCUUUUAUCAGACCAUUAUAUUCUUUUGUAUUGGAAUUGCUCAAGUAAUUUGGCUGUGACAAAGUAAUUGUCAUCUGGCUAGACAGGACAC